UUUUACAGCGGGUCUGGUCUGAGGGAGUCCAGACCUGCUGGAUCACAUCAAACUGGAGCUCAGACAUGGCAAGCUGCUCAGGAUGUGGACCGGGAUACCGCAGCCCGCUGGACGCCAUGAAGGGUCCUCGGGAGGAGAUCAUCUACCUGCCCUGCAUAUACCGCAACACCGGCAUCCUGAAACCUGACUACCUGGCCACUGUGGACGUGAACCCCAAAUCCCCCACCUACUGCCAGGUGAUCCACCGGCUGCCGAUGCCGAAUCUUCGUGACGAGCUGCAUCACUCCGGCUGGAACGCCUGCAGCAGCUGCUUCGACGACGCCUCCAAGAAGAGAAACUUCCUGAUCCUGCCGUCACUCGUCUCGUCCCGAAUUUACGUGGUUGACGUGGGGACGAAUCCCAGAGCGCCCAAAAUCUACAAGGUAUGCACGCCAUGGCAGCGGGGGGCGCUGACUUCACACAGACACACACACUGGUACUGAUUAUGGACACGUUCCUCAUAGUAGUCGACUUUUACAAAUGACGACCCCCCCCCGACACGGCCGCGUGGUCACACAGCACCAUGACUGAGGGCAUGCUUACAUCCAUGCGCUGACCUCUGACCUGAGAGCAGGUCAAAGGUCAGCAAUUAGGAGGAAGCAAAGGGUUAAAGGCAGCACGGUGGCACGGUGGUUAGCACUGUUGCCGCACAGCAAGA